AGCGAAACAAUAGGGGGAAGGUUGAAUGGGGGAGAUUAAUCCACUAAAGAGCGGAACGCUUCAAUGGCAAUUAUUUCCGGCCGAUCACUUUUCUCUACUUCUCUCUCUCUCUCUGUAGUCCUCUUACAUCCAAAUCAUUAUUGUCUACACGUUCCUUUUGUUUUGUUUUGUUUAAUUCAAUCAUCAUCUUCUCCUCCCUUCCUUUUGAUCCUUGAUCACACCCUCUCUGACAUUUCUCCUUAGGGUUUGUUUCCACAAUUUUUUUGCAUUUCUAGGGGUUUCUUUCUUUCUUCUUGAGAUGGUGAAUUGAAAUGGUAAUGGUGGGGGAAUUAUUAUUAGCUUCACAUUGUGGGUUUUUCUGGGUUCCUCAGGUGUUUUCUUAGAUCUGAGGUUCGAUUUUUUUUUUUUUAAAAAAAGAAAACUUUUGUAAUUGUCUCUGUGUGUGUGUGUCAUCAUCAAAACGUUUUUUGGGCUCCGGUCUGUUAAGUUUCUGAAGAAGAAGAAAAGGUGGAGACAAUGAGCGCUUCAAGGUUCAUAAAGUGCGUCACCGUUGGUGAUGGUGCUGUUGGUAAAACCUGUUUGCUGAUUUCUUAUACCAGCAACACCUUCCCCACGGAUUACGUUCCGACUGUUUUCGAUAACUUCAGUGCCAAUGUGGUUGUUAAUGGUGCCACCGUCAAUCUCGGAUUGUGGGAUAGUGCAGGGCAGGAGGACUAUAACAGAUUAAGACCUUUGAGUUACCGCGGUGCUGAUGUUUUCAUUCUUGCCUUCUCCCUCAUUAGUAAGGCUAGUUAUGAGAAUGUUUCCAAGAAGUGGAUCCCAGAGUUGAAGCACUAUGCUCCUGGUGUUCCAAUCGUCCUCGUUGGUACCAAACUAGAUCUUCGAGAUGACAAACAGUUCUUUAUCGACCAUCCUGGUGCUGUCCCUAUUACCACUGUUCAGGGAGAGGAGCUGAAGAAGCUAAUUGGAGCGCCUGCUUAUAUCGAGUGCAGCUCAAAAUCACAAGAGAAUGUAAAGGGCGUGUUCGACGCAGCGAUCAGAGUGGUCCUUCAACCUCCGAAGCAGAAGAAAAAGAAGAACAAAGCACAAAAGGCCUGCUCCAUUUUGUAGUAGCUCUCUCAUCGAAGUCAAGAAGCUCUUUUCGAUGACAGGGUGGUUUAAAAAAGUAUUGCUUUUUCAAUUUUUUUCUUGUUGUUUUCCGUAUUCAUUUGUAGUUUCCUUGACAAACGAAUUGUGGGUUUAAUUCAACUUCUAUUUUAACUGAUAGCCGCGAGGGCUGAUGUUUGUUAGUCA